CUGAUUUUCUCCAAAAAGAAACGUCAUGUAUUCCCAUAUUCAAUCAAGUUCGGUCAAGUUCAUUUCGUGAUCCCUUUUUCAUUCACGGAGCCGAAACCAUGAGCGAAAGCGACGAAGUCUAUUCUAUUGCAAGCGAAAAUAGUAAGGCUGAGCCGGAGGCAGGUCGAAUAGACUCGAACGGGAGGGAAAGCUAUUCUUUGGUGGCUAUAAUCGAAGCGUUGGUGCUACCCAACGUCCAAAACGAUGACCCCCGGACAUUAGACAUUUGCUUGGUGCUAGGAAACGUUGAAACCAAACUGAAUGGGACUUUGGCGGAUUUCAACGGACAACGGCGUGGCACGGCUUUGGGCGCUCCCGCAUCAAAUUCCGAGGAAUUUCUACAGUUCCUUGUGAAUAAUAAUUUGUUCAUUGUAUUCACCAUCGAUUCGGCUGAACUUGGACAAGCAACCAUUCCGCUAGUGUCCACAAAUCUAGCGUCAUUCGCUCCUCCCGUAUUUGAGCCAACGAUUGUCAAAGGCGUGUACCCGAUAAGCCUUGGCUCGUCGCUGAAUGGAAACAUAAGCCUCGUGCUCAAAACCGAUCGUACCAAAAUGUCCACCAACCUCAGUGGAUCCAAGCACGAAGACGAAGACAGUAUGCUGUACAUCGUCAACGACGCCCCGCCUCGCCAAUCAGCGGAGUAUCAGGACGAUGUAAUGAGACAAUUACUAACAUGCAAAAAGUGCAACGCUCUCAAGAGCCCGAGCGAGAUCAGCUGUAGAUACGAGCUGAUCGAUGGGAUUUUGGUGAACAAAGAAUAUCCGAAGAAGGAUCUUGAUCUGGAAACUAUGAAGAAGAAAAUUGAACGUAUCGAACGGGAAGCAAAGUUGUAUCCGGUAGGACAGGAACAAGAGUUGCCCAAAGAACCAACGAAUGAGCGUUUCUGUAAUACUUGCGGAGGGUUUUCAGUUACGGGGAAAACUUGCACUGAGUGGAAAUCCUGUGGGAUACCACUGAUGGAAGCUGGAUUCCGAUAUCCAGAAGGAUCAGCGAAGCGUUUCAGCCAAACUGCAGCCAUGGGAACAACGGAAAACGUUAACAGAAUCUCCGAACCGAAUUUCAACUCUACCAGGAUUACAAGAGAAAGCUCAAACUACGGACGAUCAGAAAGCUUCCCCUUGCACUCUAUUCAACCGCAAACAACGAACAUUCUUUGUCCGAAGUCUGUUGGUCAUAGGUUUUGCGAUCACUGCGGCCUCAAUCUGGACUGGCUACCUUUGAAUAGUGGCUGCCCAAAAUGUGGUCAUAAGUGUCCUACAAAGUACACCACCGAUGUGAGUUCCACAUUUCAUGAAACCAUGCCUAACCGUCUUAACUCUUGGAUGGGUAGCUUGGAAUUUCUGAAUCCGGAACCAAGGCGUCCCUCCACGGGAACGCUUCGUUCAGCCUCAGUAAACGAAAUGGCGAAACAAUGUCCGAUCUGUCGAAUACGAGGGGGGUGCUGUCCAGAUUGUAAGCAGCGAAGUUCUACAGCUCCAAACCCCAUCGAACAGCACUCUACCACUCAUUCGUCAACUUCCGACUCGGAAAUGCUGCCGCGACGAGUUUUGGAGAGACCAAAAACGAGACCAUCCCUGCGCGAUCGGUUCAAUGGAUUUCCUAAGAAAAUGGAUAAAGCUACUCGGCUAUCAGGACUUCUCAAAGCCUACGGUGAUACAGGUGCCAAACAACUGGAAUCAUCUAAACGGCGUUCAACGGGCAGCUCGAUUUUGUCGCUCAACGUUGAGGAAAUUUUGCAAAAGUCUGGAACGCAAAAGACAAAAAUUGUUUCUGGAGGUGUCGAAAGUGUUGAACUUCGUAAAGUGAACUCCAAACCGGAAUCUUUCAACGGAAAAACGUUAAAUAAAUGUGAAACUCCCUCGCGGGCACAAAUCAGAAAAAAUCAACGCAGUCUAUUACGCAGAAUAAAGAAGCAGAAUUGCGGCCGGUACUCUUACCGCUACGGACAACGAUAUCCGGGGAUUGUCAUUGGCCAUCGGGAAUGUAUCCAACAAGGAAGACAAGUUCCUCCUCACAUGGGCUGGAUGUGGAAUGUAAAAACGCCAGGUAUCGGAAAAAUUCGAAAAGGUUGGAGACCCGGCGCUGUGAAAAAACCGAUCAAGGAACUGAUGCAACACUUUUUGGUUAGCUAUCCGUUGGAUAAUAUUCCCGUUAGCAAAAAAGGUGGCCGCAACUUGAUUAUUGCUGAGAAGGGAUCGACCUCGACGAAGCAGAAACCGACUCUUCAAAUCGUGAAAAAGAAUGGAGAGUACUGUAUCGUGAUGAACCCGUUGAAAGAUUCGGAAACACUGAAAACUGCACAAGAUCCGUAUUUGUCCUGCGAACCGAUACGCUUCAAACUGGCCAAAGAUCCCAACGUGGGAAAGUUGUACCAACUUCGUAAGGCUUUGAAAGUGAAAGGCUUCACCAUGUGCGGUUGCCCGGCGCUUGAAUCCUGUGAACACAGAUCUGAAAAGGAAAAGAAAUUGCUCAAGAAAGAAAUACGCAAACUAUCGAAAUGCUUGGGUCUUCCGAAGUCAAUCGAACUUAAAGAUGUCCCCAGUGACAGUGAAUCCGAGUUGGAUCUAGAGUUCACUCCACCAUCUGCCAUGCUGCAAACUGGACUACGAAAGCCCGAUGUCGUGUGCACAGAAACGCAGUACUCGGUAGACGACUACAAAGUGCAGGUGCCAGCUGAUAAGCUAAAGUGCAAGCCAGGUCGGGAAGAUUCUCGUGAUAUUGGUAAAGGUGUUAAAGGCAAAGGAGGACUUGGCAUGAGCAAAAAUGGCAAAGAUGGAAAAGAUGGAAAAGGAGGAAAAGAUGGCUCUAAAGGUGGUGCAGGGGGAAAAGGAGCGGGUUCAAAAGGUGGUGCAGGGGGAAAAGGAGCCGGUUCAAAAGCAGGAGCAGCUACUAAAGUUGGAGCUUCUUCAAAAUCAGGAGCCGCAGGACGGAACAAAGCGCCAGUUCAUCGCCCGGAAGGAGGUCAAGUUUUGAUCAUGAAAGACGUUUGUAGAAGACCGAACCCAUGCGCUCCCAGCCAGUAUUGUCCAACGGCCACUGCAGUAUGCGGUUACCAAUCGACCAAUGUUUGUUACACGCCCCAAUGUGCUCCCGCUGUUGCUUGUUGUGAUCCCUGUUAUGGUUGAUGUGUGCAACACCGUACUAUUAACUAGUUCAAAAAAAUUACUGUGCUGUUUGCCAUGUUAUUAUUUCAGUAUUUUGGUUAAAAAAAAUCAAAAAUCGGAGCCU